AUGCUGGCGCGCGGUUUCGGUUCUGGGGAUGCCGGCUUCUCCCAAACGCCCAUGACAAUCAUUAUCGUCUUCCUCGCAAUCUCCUUUUACAAUACCAUCGAGCUCAACUGCAUCAUCUGGGGAACGUUUCACCGUUAUGCCGGAUUGUACUUUUGGACCUUCCUGAUCGCCACUUGGGGCAUUCCCUUGUACUGCGUGGGAUUCCUCAUUAAGUACUUCGGGUCCCCGUCGCUGGGUUACCUUUCUUGCACUUUAAUUGUGGUCGGUUGGGUGUGCAUGGUCACCGGUCAGUCAUUGGUGCUUUGGUCCCGGCUGCACUUGGUGCUGCGGAACCGAAAACGCCUCAAGCUGAUAUUAUGCAUGAUCAUCACGGACGCAAUUAUCUGUCAUGGCGCUAUCAUCCCCAUGGUCUAUGGCUCUUUUUCUAGUAGCCCUGAGAUGUGGCAGAAGCCAUAUGCUAUUAUGGAAAAGAUCCAGGUCACCAUCUUCUUUCUCCAAGAACUCAUCUUAUCCAGUUUCUACAUCAUUGAAACUGUUAAGAGGAUGAAGCUCGAACGCUCUAUGGGAAACACCAGGUGGAGUCGCCGUUUAAUGAAGCAUCUUGUCCUUGUCAACAUCCUCAUCAUCGUCCUCGAUAUCACCAUCCUUGGUCUUGAGUAUGCAAACCAAUACGAGUAUCAGACAUCCUACAAGUCUUUUGUCUACAGCACAAAGUUGAAAUUGGAGCUCUCCAUCCUGAACCGUCUCGUCGAAAUGACCACCGGGAGCAAGAACGCCAGCUCUAGUCCACGAAGUCGAUAUAAUAAUACGGUCACUAACACCAACGUCCCCUUAGAAACCUUCUCUGGCGAAGUAGAUAGGAAACAUACUGGUAUCUCAUAUAAAGCAUAUGCUAUGGGAGGUACCGAGGGCUCCAAUGACAGAGCACAGCCAUCACCGCCUCAGAAUGGCAAUGGGGUCAUGAUGACGACUGAGAUUAUCCUCCAACAUGAGGAAAGACAGAAUGAUGGGACGGGAAGCAUCUGUAGAAAUUCGUCAGCGGACUCAACGGGUAGAGGAUCGCAGGCAUUUGACAGGGAGAAUAUAGAAGACAUCUUCUGA